CGUCAUGGCCAGGAUGUAAACAAACAGAAGACUCAGGUCAGUGGCAGCCAAUACAGGUCACUUAGUGUUGUCCCACCCAGACCUGUCACUGCCUCAUGCCAGUACUUGAAUGUAUGUGUCAUUUUGGCAUAACGAGUCUCAUAAAUAGCGUAGAAGAAGGAUUUACUUUGUGUAUAUCUGAGAGAUUUCAAGCCUACUGUACAAGACAUCGCUGCACGAGGUCACUGCUGCACAAGGAUAUCGCCGCACAAGGGCAUCACCACACAAGGGCAUCACCACACAAGGGCAUCACCACACAAGGGCAUCACCACACAAGGACAUCACCACACAAGGGCAUCACCACACAAGGGCAUCACCACACAAGGGCAUCACCACACAAGGGCAUCACCACACAAGGACAUCACCACACAAGGAUAUCACCACAUAAGGGCAUCACCACACAAGGACAUCACCAUACAAGUAACGUUACACUGCUGCUAGGUGAAGAUGCCUCGACGGAGACAACAGGGAAUAGGGCUGGGAAUCAUGUUCCUUCUCCACAAACUGUACAGCACUGGCCUGGGCAAUAUACCUUCUGUUACCCUACUUGCCAUUAUUGGUCAGUGUUUCCUCUUCAUGGGGAUCGUAAACCCUCCUUGGGACAGGUACGACGUGUGUGUGAGCGGUGAAUCCAUCCUACUGUAUCACGAUUACAAAAGACUCUUUCUGUCGGCCAUUGAACAUGCUGAUGACUUCCACCUGUACUACAACAUGGCUUCACUGAUACUGAAAGGCCGUACACUGGAGAAGAGGUACGGCUCGGUGAAAUUCUUGAUUCUUCUCGUAGUUUUCACCAUUGCGACAAAUUUGACUUACGUUGGACUGGUCUGGCUGGCUUCUGAACUGCUUGAAUCUUACUCGUACAUGAAGCAGUGUGCCAUUGGAUUUUCAGGCGUUCUCUUCGCCCUAAAAGUAUUAACAACACACUAUGAGGGGACUGACACUAGGUAUGUUCAUGGUAUCAUCGUGCCGGCCAAGUACGCAGUGUGGGCGGAGCUCGUGGUCAUUCAGAUACUCGUCCCCCGAGCCUCUUUCAUCGGACAUCUGGCUGGUAUAUUAGUGGGACUUGUCUAUGUUAUGGGGCCACUCAAGUACCUCAUCAACACUAUAUAUUGGAGUGUGCCAGGAUUUUCCGCCUCGCUUGGAGCCUCGUACACCUACCAUCAUGGCACAACUGGCACUGCCUCUCACCCAGAACCAGCGCAGUACUCACAUCAACAGAAUGUUUGGAGCACGGGUGAUGAGGUAUCACAAGCCAGCCAAUCACAUGACGAUGGAAUGCCACAACAAUCAUACGGAUGGAAUAUCAACGACGGAUCCCAGUACCAGAGUGAACAGGUCUCGCAGUCCAACCAGCUGUACGACUAUGGAGGGUCUGGAACGCCCCCUACACAACCUAAUAUAGAGGAGCUACGACAACUAAGACUGAACCGAUUCCGGCGAUGAGCAUCAGGUGAAGAAGAGUACUGGAAGGAGAUAUUGAUGCUCAUAAGUUAAACUCUCAGGUGAUGGUGACAACAAGACCUGUAUGGUGACACUAUCUUGUAUUCAUUUUGUUGAGAUAUAAAAAAAAAAUAUGAUUUUGCUUUGCUUGAUGAAGGAUUCGCCAUUAUACUUUGAUUGUGGUUUUUGCUGUAUUGUUUCCAGUUAUUUACCUUAUUAGAAUAUUUGUUGUGAUCAUGUGUAAUACAGGUUGACAACCCUUUAUCUGAAAUUCCGAAAACUGAAAAGCUCUUAAAACCGAAAGGGUUUUUUUGUGGGGCAAUUUUUUUUUUUUUUUAAACAGGGAUUA